AUGACACAGGAGAAGGCGUUUCUGUUGCUGAUCAACGGCCACAUUGAAUCUGCAGAGUUUCCCGAAAUCCCAUCGAUAUGUGUGAAGUACUCGAUGAGCUACGGACCUGACUGGAAGCACGUGGCCGGAUCCACCGAGGGACUGUCCGCCACCUGCUUUCGGCCUCAACUAGUAUUCUCGUGCUAUGGUAAUGACCUAUUCGGACAUGACGUUGUUCGUGGAUACGGUGCACUUCCGAUACCAACUAUUCCUGGAAGCGGCAAGCGCGCCAGCAGUUGGUCGACCCGUGCACAGAUACGCCGAGGGCAGAGCACGCACGCGACUCGUGUCACCACUCAGGGGAAAUUGGUCGUUCGCGUGGACGUUAUCUUGAAAGACAUGGGUAAGUUUGGUUUCCAGACUGUCCCACGUCGAGGGCUUCCUUCUCACGAACCACCGGCUGCUGACUUGUCAGGACUACGGACUCGGGAAAAAAAGAGUGAGCAAAAGAGACCCGUGGAAGAACGCGAGGUGUCAACACCUGCUCAAAGUGACGAUAAGGUCGUAGAGGAGGUAUCACCCGCCCUGCCAUCAGAAGACAUUCCACGGCCACUGCCAACCCUCGAGGACUAA